GUGGAAUGGGAUGUCUGGCAAUCGAAUAAAAGGGGAGGGAGGAGUAAUUUCGCGCGUUGAACGGAUACCGAAUAAUUUCGAAGAGAUUCGCGAGUCACAGCGUCGUCUCGAGUAAUCGGGCAGAGAUCAUUAAGUAGGCGAAUCCGUCCAUCAAAGCCCGACGAGAUGUCCGUCAUGGGAAAGCCAGUACUCUACUCAUAUUGGCGGAGUUCUUGCUCGUGGAGAGUACGAAUUGCAUUGAAUUUAAAAGAAAUCCCCUAUGACAUAAAACCAGUUAGCUUGAUAAAAAGUGGUGGAGAACAACAUUCUAAUGAAUUCCGUGAGAUCAAUCCAAUGGAGCAGGUGCCUGCACUUCAUAUUGACAAUCACACAUUAAUAGAAUCUUUAAAUAUCUUGCAAUACCUGGAAGAAACCAGACCACACCGACCUUUAAUGCCUGCAGAUCCAGUUAAACGAGCAAGAGUCAGAGAAAUUUGCGAGGUUAUUGCUAGUGGUAUACAGCCCUUGCAAAAUUUAGUCGUGUUGAUUUAUGUUGGAGAAGAACGCAAGAAGGAAUGGGCACAACACUGGAUUACUAGAGGUUUAACAGCUGUAGAAAAAUUAUUGUCAUCCAGUGCAGGGAAGUACUGCGUAGGUGAUGAAAUCACAUUAGCAGACUGUUGCUUAAUACCACAGAUAUUUAAUGCAAGGAGGUUUCUCGUUGACCUACGACCUUUCCCAACGAUUUUAAGGGUAGAUCGUCAUUUAGAGAAUCACCCAGCCUUUACCGCUGCUCAUCCAAACAAUCAGCCUGAUUGCCCACCAGAGGCAACCAAGUAGCAAGCAAGGCAGACCACCCUCUUCCUCUUCUAAUUUAUUAGAAAUAGGAAGGGAGUGGUCCAAUAUGUUGUAGUUCUGUAGUGGCAAAAGGUGAUGCAACUUGAUUUUUAAAAAAGAUAUUAGCAUAUAAUUAUGUUAAAAUGAUAAUAAUAUACGCCUUAGUGUUGUAUAUUAAUUAAUUUUUAAUACCAUACGUUGUAAAUUAGCGAAUUGAAAUUUGCGAAUACAACUAUUUUUUAACCGUUUUUUAGGAUUAAAUUCUUUUGUUUAGUAGAGGUAUACACCUUUUAUCACUUAUGAACUACCUUUAGGUACCGAAAUGGUAAACAGUGUAACGUAGAGUAUCGAACUCUAUGAUGAUUUUCAGUUGUUUGUAAAACCGAAUUCCGUGAUAUGAUAUCUUUUUCGGAUGAAAAAACGCACUGUACCAUUUCUGUACUUAAUCAGAGGAUAAGAAUGUUGGCCUGUUUUUAUUUUUGUUAUAUUUUUUCAUUGGUUUCUAUAUACACGGAAUCAAAAUUAACAAAAUUCGUCUUCUUACAGUACUUACAAUUACUUUGUAAAACGUACUGACCUAUUAAAAAUAGGUUCUGUUGUCUGAAAUCAAAAGUUUACUUUUUAUACACUUACAAUAAUGUAAUUUUUUAGUUACUUUUAGCUUACUUAGAUUAAGGAGAAGUGUUGCUAUUAAAUAAUAUUAAAUAUAACUUGAAAUUCUUUACCGAGUAUAAAGUAGCAGAUUUAACAUCGCAGGUACACAUACUCACAUACAUACACAUUGAAUAAACAAAGAAAUAAAGAGGAAACGUGUAAUAAGGGAAUGCAAUCUGCUCAAACUCCGUAAUAAUAUCGAGGAAUGAAAAGUACAAAUCAAAUUCCUUUUUCUAAAGCUUUACCUUGAGUAUGUUUCAUUUUGCUCCGUACUAUGUCAGUCCAUAAGUGAACAUUUUCAAAUAGUAGAGAUGAGGUAAUUUCGAUUUUACAUAUUUUUUUAAUGUUAAAAAAUAGGAAGGUGUGCUCGAUUUUAAUAUGUCGCACAAGCUCGUCACGUGUGUAUUAUUAUUAAGAUAGAAUCGUUCUUUUCAGCAUUCCAUGGGAAAGAAAUUACAUUUUAAAAUCAUUCAAAAAUGAUUUUUUACUCAACUCUAUCAAAUUGAUAGAAAACAAUAAUUAAAUAGAAAUUUCGUAGGAUAUUUUUACGUUUCAAUAUUGAGCACCCUUUGGAACUUUACGCUAUAUUUUCCUGCAAAGUGUAAUCUUUAUAUAGAGAUACAUUUUUUAUUGUAUCACCUAUAUUGUAUAACUUUCAUAUAUUUUGUAGUUUUAUACACAGACGAUACGUUUACUGUACAACAACGGUCACACGAACAAAAGUCGAACAAGGCGAAACAGAAUCGCGUGACAAACAAUAACUUCGGCAUUGUUCCUUAUUGCCGGGUUCCUUCUUGCCAUUACUUUCUACGGAAGUAAAAAUUAUCCUUGAUUUAUAAAGAAAUCGUACGAUGGCAUAAAGUUGGUAAUUCGCAGUGUUUAAGAGAAUACCGUAUUAUGUAAGAACGGGAGGGGGUUGGGGGAACGUUUGUUUGCAUGCUUCUGUCAUGCAACCGUCUAUCACGUACAUAGAGAUAGUUUAUAAUUUAUAUUCUAACGUAAAGGAGGAGAAAGACGCAACAUACACUUGGUAUUUAGAUAUGUGCAUUAUGCAAACGUGUGAUUAGAUAAUAACAUAUGUAUAUAAUUUUUAUACAACAAAAAUUGGAAUGUCACAUGCGGAAAACCGUUUCAGCCAUAUUUUCGAGAUGGCUGUUCAUACCGUGUCGACGAAUAUAUCGCAUGUCAUAUAUUACAAAGUUUAUAGAGCACGCAUAAGGAAAGGAUGCAAACAAGUGGUGCCCUUCGAGCGUAAUCGCACAAAAAAGAUUUUUACUUCUUCGUCGAUCUCUCUAUUAUCGAGGCAUGUAUCAUGGAACACUUCGAUCAAUGCGACGUAAGAUGCUAGUGGACAUUAACGAAGUAUCGCGAUAGCGAGGAAGAGAGCCUAACUUUUCUUUGUAACUCUCGUGAUAUUUGUUACUCUUGUAAUAAUAAAAUAUCGCAGCAAGAGAAAUGGAUAAUUUUUAUGAAAAAUGUUUAGAGAGAAAGAGAAAAAAACCAUCGAGCUACAUUAUUUGGCUCGAGGUAACGCAGGAGGAAAAUUCGCGAAGUUAGUGUACAAAUAUUAUUGCAUCCAACGAUGAUCUUUUUCGUGUUCGAUGCGGUAGAAAUGAAUUCUCCAUUUCUCUGGGGACUGGUACUUUUUCUUUUUAAUUCGGGAGGCCGAUAACUAUACUUUUAGCGCUUUUUCACUAUUAGCUUGUUCGCGAACAUGUGAGAGCCCGAAGCAGGAAAGUACGUAAUAAUAAUGAUAAUUAUAAUAAUAAUUAGAAUACUAACGGUAAUAACGAAUCAGUGAACAUUUGUUUUACAAGCAAAUUAACAGGAAAAAGAAGGGAAGUGCGCAACAUAGUAUCACUGUAUAGUCGGACAAACUAAGGGCAAUAAUGGUCGAACCAGAUUAGGAGUUCAUUUUACUGAUGGUCCUAAGUAGAGUUUAGUUAGGUAGAGCAGCGUACACAUUUGUAAAAGGAUGCGUGAAGAAACUUUGUAGGAGCAAAUGCGUGUAUGUAUUAUAAUAACGGAUGCAAACGAUACUUAAUGAAAACUUAAGUAAGAAAAGAAUCACCGGUACGAUACGCAUAGAUAUUUUGUAAGUGAAAAUGAAUUAUGUACGUUCACUGCUUAUGAGGAAUAAUAAAUUCUGUGUCAUAGUGUAUGUAUAUUAAUUUGUAGAUGCGAAGCUAAAAAACGAAAAAAACGCUGUCAACAAACUAUAAAUACAUUUGUGAAUGUGCACUUAUCAUUCGAAUAAAAAAUACGUUUUGACUGUAGCCAGUAUGGUUGAUGUUUAUUAACGCAAUGAAAUCACCGCGCUCUAAAACAAAAACAAACAGAGAAAAGAAAAAGGGGAUGAAUACAAAGAAAACGAAAGGGGGAGGGGAAAAAUAGGAUACACAACUUACCCGGCAACAGAAGAUAUUUCGCAUAAUCACGAUCGAAUCGUCCCACCGCGAGUUACUCCAAACGUAAUCGGUAGACGGAAAUUUAAAACUGAAACAGAGUUUAGCAAAAUAACUGAGCAACAGCUAGAAGCGUGAAACUAAAAGGAAAAACGUCGAUCCGCUUCACAAAGGUUUCAUCGAUAUCGCUUUGUUCUCCUUUUCUUUUCUUUUUUUUUUUUUUUUUUUUUUUUUUUCGAAUAACACAAGCGCUCUCGUAUCUCCUCUGUCUGAACUGGAUUAAUUUUCUUUCGUUUUCAAUAUCUUUAUUACAAAUCAAUGGUGUAAAAAAAUACAUUCCCUUAUCUAUACUGACUAGUUAGAACAGCACGGGUUUCUCUGUUUUGUACGCCGAAUUUUGUACGCUGACGAAAUGCAACGGUAACCGAUCUCGUCGGUUCCUUUAGUGCCAUAUAUAUUCCGAAUGAUAUGCUAUUCCGAACGUGAGAUACGUUUAACAAGAACAACAGCAACAACAAAGUUCGCGAUAGAACCGGCACAUAGCUAGAACGAGUACAAUAGAACGACGAUAACAUUAAAUAUUAAUCCGAGUGUAACGGUAUGUCUGCGCUUCUUCGUCGUUCGAUAUAUCCUUCGAAAAUAUCCUACCUACGGAAUUACUCGCACGUUCCUCCGGUUUAACGCGCGGUUCACCGUGACGAAACGCGGGAGUAAACCAGAGGCAAGACAUGCACGUGAACUUGACAUCGCAUAUACAAACGCAUUUGUUUUUCCUGUUUCUCCCGUUCGUGUAUGUACAUAUAAAAGAACUUACAGACUAGACGCGUAAAAUUGUAAAUUGUACAUUAUCGUAUUUACAGGUACGCAUGCUACCACUUAAUGAAGUGCGUGUUUUCAUCUCUCGUGAGCUUUCUAUCAAAAUUUGGAAGGCUUCGUCGUAAGUCAUAAGUGGAGCGGGACCGUGUCCGGUCAGACGGGGGACGCGCGAAUAAAGUACGAACGUGUCGCGAUCAAUCGAUUGGGAACCUUCCUAAUUUCGACAAAAUUACAAUUGCACAGGAUUCAUUUGGACACCGUUAUCGGAAACGAAACGGUAAAUAGAUAAAGAGAGAAAGAGGAAAAGAAAAGACGUUCCAUCGACGAGGAACGUUUCUUUUUUUUCUUUUUUUUUUUUCUUCCUUUACGGUAGAAGAUUCUGCGAUAUAUACUCGGAGAAACAGUCUUUGGUGAAUGAAAGAGAUAGAAAAAAAAAAACGACAAGAGAAUGCGUAUGACGAUCAUACAGCGACACUGAAUGGACAGAUGGAUGGAUCGAUGGAGUAGAUGGAUGGAACGUGUGUGGCCAGGUCAUGAAAUGAAGAACAACAGAAUGCAUUUAAUGAGCGAUUGUUUAUUAUGCUCUUAUGGUCACUUGUCAUACAGGUAACGAUGCUUUCUCAUGAGUGAAAAUAGUUAAUAUAUUAUGUUUAAUAUUUAUAAUUAUUUAACAUUCAAUGGAAUAACUCUGAUGAUGAAAGAAUAACAAUUUAUGGAUGCAAAUAAAUGUGAUUAGAGUGUAAAGUAAUUAUUUAGAGUAAAUUCAAAUGCUGUGAACUAAUUAUAUAUACAUAUAUAAAAUAUAUAUAUAUGUAUAUAUAGUAUAAUAUAUACUUCAUCAAUAACAAUCAUAGUGUGGUGCCCAAGAGGUCACGGUUUCGGGUAUACCCUACGUAAACUUUUAAUAACAAGCAAAAAUUAUCAAAUAAAAACGUAAUCAUUUUCGCGUCGUCGAUCAAAAAAACAAAGACCUAUUUUUGUCUUCUUUCUCGUGUUCAGGCUUACAAGCCGUGUGAUGCAUGCUCGCUUGUCGUCGCGUUUAUCGAUCCGCACAUCUCGGAUUCAUUUUGAUUUUUCCCGAUUGUUGAUUGGUCGUUCGAAUUUUGCCUCGAAUAAUCACGUUAAUCGUCAGAUUAAAAUCAUUUCUUUGGAUAUCGAAAGGAAUAUCGACAAGAAUAUUGGAGAAUAUUAAAAAAGAAUGUCGAGUGGAUUCUCGUCGCGUCGAUAGGGAAAACAAGGAAAAACACUCCUCUCUAUCGACUCGAGUGGAGAAAAGCUCGACGAUUAAUCGGCGCAACUUUCGCUUGCUCGUUCAGUUUUCAAAUUAACUCGUUUAUAUCGGCGUAACGAGAUCGAAAAUGCGAAAUCGCUUCUCGUUCGGUAAAACGUCGAAAAAGCGGAGCGUUUUUAAAACGUUCAAAUCCGAGGUGAGAAUCGAAGUUAAAGAAUCGUUUCCUCUCGCGAAAAUACAAUUGAACGUAACAUUAUAGAAAAAAGUAACGCAGCUUUUUGUGCUCGAUACAAUAUAACAAUCGUUUGUUUUGAAGGGAGUCGUAAAACACAAGGGACAAGUGUCUUAUCGUAUGCUUAGUUUCCUGUCGUUCUUUUCCGAACUAUCUUAUGCAGAGCUACCACGCGAUAUUCCCCUAUUAUUUUCGUUUGCUUGUAUACUUUCGUCUCUUUUUCUUGGAAAAAGACCGUGACAGAACAAUGUUACAAAUGGAUCGUUGAUUUAUACGAUCCAUUUUCACGGACAAUCGAUGCGCAUCGACACACGUAUCCAAACACGUGCAUAUCCCUUUUCUAAUAUAUCGCUUAGAUGAUUCUCAAUAAUUAACAGCCCUAUUAUAGUUUCUCUUAUCUUCUUCUUCUUCUUCUUUUUUUUUUUUUUCUUAUCCGUUCAGAGAGUUUUACUCGCCAAUCGGUAUGUAUAUAUAUGUAUAUAUAUAUAUAUGUCUAUACAUAUACACAGGUGUAUAUAUAUAUAAUCUUUCAUCUCAAGAGAACACGCUAUACUCUUUCAUAAUAAUAAUAAUAAUAAUAAUAAUAAUAAUAAUAAUAAUAAUAGAGAUUCUCUCUUUUUCUUGCGAUAGUUAGAUUUAACUAUAGUUUGUCGCGAACUUUCGAAGCUGAACCGCAAUACCCUUUUUCUAGCAGGCGAGUUCUCGCAAUAUAUACAUAUACAUAUAUACAUACAGAUAUAUAUUAAAAAAUACAAUUUCGUUCGCUGCUCUUUUUAUGCACCGUUUCCUCUUUUUAAUAUAUAUCCUGACGAAAUGAACAAACAAGAAAAAAAAACGAAACAAAACGUAUGAUCGACCGUGUAAUACGUGCGUCAAUUAAAUUAAAGUCGAUCAAAGCGCGCCACGUAUCGAAUCGAAAUGGAUCUUUCUUUUCUUCCUUCUUUUUUUUUUUUUUUUUUUUUUUGAUUAUCAUCGAUCGAUCGAAUGCCGAAUUUAGCCGUAUUUUCUUCUUCUCUUUUCCCCAGCUUCCGCCUCGCCCAUCUAUCUCGUUUAUUUCUCGGUGAUCGCGAUAUAUGAAACGCACGAGGCACACGGUCGUCGUGUUCUUACUAUUACUUUAUAGCCAAAGGAAUGUAAGGUACAAUACUUGUGAUCGUGUUCCAUCAGUGACGAACGAAUCUCUACUAUGGUACCUCUUUCGCAGCCAGCUGCUCUUGAAAUUCGAAAUAUUCGUGGAAGAUAAUGCUAUUUAUUUCAUCUAAUGUAACCGGCAUCGUAAUUCGGAUACGAUCCUUAGAAAGGUAAAGCACAACGCGCGGCACUGCGUUUCGCGUGAAACCCUCUAUUAUAUAUUUUCAUAUUUUUUUUUUCGUUUUGUUUAAAUCUUUCUUUUGCGUGUAUAGGCAUGCAACAUUUCGCGUUAUACAAGUGUACGAUGUUCCUCUGUACGUGUAUGCAUAUAUGUAUAUGGGUAUGUGUGUCUCUCUGUGUGUAUGUAAUGUAUGUACGUAUGUAUGUAUGUAUACGUGUGCGUGUGUGUAUAAUGACAACAAGUCGUUAAUGAACAUGAAUGUGCACACAUGCACCAUCGCGGUGCACUAUUUUUUUUUUUUCUUCGCGACUUAGCGAUUAUUAAUCUACUUAUAUUCAACAAGGUACUUAAUAGUUUUUUUUUUCUUCAUCCUCAUCAUCAUUAUAAUCCCCGAGCUGCUAUGUGCUACUUCUACCUCAACAAUAACGAUUCUCAUCCAAGUUCUUCGUUAUUAUUCUUCGUUAUUUUUUUUUUUUUUAAUCUGUUUCUUUACAUAUGCUUACCCAAAAUAAUAUACCGUGUAUUAACAGUCUAACUCUAAGUCUCACCUCCAAUAAAAUAACAUUACAUACACAUUUGUACAACCCUCUUAAUUACACGUUAACGAAUCUUCUAGUCGUUUAAAUAUGCUCUCUUAUUAAGUUCCCCCCCCCCCACUGUUCGCUCUUUUUCUCUUUAUCCUUUAUUUAGUUAUUUAUAUCUUUUUUCUUCUACUCAUUCUUUAAAUAGUUUAUCUGUCGAAUAAAUUCUUCCUCGGUUCUAUUCGCUCUGCGUCUAGAUAUUCUGAAUCAUAUAUUUUUUUUUUCUUUUCUUCUCUAUUUCUCAGACAUUCGGCCAUCCGCGAUGAGAAGAUUCUUCUUCUUUUUUUUUUUUUUUUUUUUUUUUUUUUUUUUUUUUUUUUUUUUUUUUUUUUUUUUUUUUUUUUUUUUUUUUUUUUUUUAGAGAUUUAGUUAUCGGUAUGCAUUGCUAUUUUGAAUACACUAACGAGGCUCGUCUCAUUCUGUUCUUUUCUUUUUCUAUGUACGCGGAGAGAAAGCUUCACUUUUCUUUUGUUCCUUUCCUUUUUCUUCUUUUGCCUUUUUGCUUCGCUUCGUAAGUGGCGUAUCUUUCAAUUGUACGACGAUAUCGGAGAUCUGCGAAUUUAGCAUCUGCUCGAUUUACGCAGAAGAAGACACAGUGCGGGCUGAACGAUCGAAAUUUGUAUUACGUGUCGAUGGGCGCGAUAUUUAAUACUUUAUCGGUAAAUACUAUGCACUAGAAUCGACUAAUGUCAGGAUAUUUUAUCUUUUCUUUGAACUUGUCCAAUUAUAAUUCUCGUCUCGCUAUAUUCGAUUAUCGUCCAUCUUUUAUUUUUUAGACAAAAAUAAAAGCCUCUUUUCGUUUAAUUCCACGCGUACCCCUAUAAUAGAUAGAUCUCUCUCUUUCUCUAUAUAUAUCUUUUUCUUUUUAUAUAUAUAAAAUAUUUACAGCCACUUUGUUAUUUUCUUUUUAUCCGCUUUGUAUUGUUUUCUUUUUUUUUUUUUGUGUGUGUGUGUUCUAUACUCUUUCCUUAUUCUGCUCGUUUAAGGGAAUUGCAAUGCAGGUGUAUCGUGAAAUUUUAAGUUCGGCGAAUUGAAACAAUAAAAGAAAGAAGAAGAAAGAGAAAGAGAAAAAACAAAAAGCGAAGCUUCAACGAAAAUGAAAAAAGGAAAGAAAAAAGAAAACUAUCCAGUGAACCAAUCUACGUUGCAGAUGUUGUUCAAAUGUUGUGCAGUACACAGCAGUUAAAAAUUUCACGUACAACAGCGUUUAAAAUGGAAACAUCCGACGAAGAACAAGUUAAGACAAUUCGUUUAUGUCAUCAAUUGUUGAUAAAGCUCGUUAAUCUUUGUUCUCUCUAUCUAUAAAUAAUUAAUUUUGCUAUAUUGUCGAUCAAUGCAAUGCAAUCGAUUAUUAUCAUUAUUAUUUCUUCAUCCUCGCCGUUUCAUUUUUUUACCAAUUCUUCGACAUCUAUUAUCGUAUCCUCUUACCGUAUUAAUACUUCUUAAUGUAACGUUACAUUUUACAUCAAUCCUUUAUACUUCCCCUCGACUAUUGUUAAUUUGCUCUAUCGUUUGAACCUUUGAUUAUGGCGAACGAUCGCGAAAAGUGGCAGUAAAAGAACCUUCCGAGAAUAUAACAUUCUUAAGGAGUGCAAAUGCAACGUUUCUUCUUUACAAACAAUGGCUCGAAAGACUGGAAAGAAAAGCGAUUUGUGCUACGAAAAUAUCUUGUACAAAGGACUUUUUUCGUCCGAUAACUCUUCACUUUUGUUCUACUCGUUUCAACACCGAACGUAUCGAAUCUAACAUCAAGUGCAGACCGACAAUAGGAGAAAAGAAAGUCAGCUUUCUCUCUGAUUUGACAACAACAAGAACAAUUUCCAAACGAAACGCAUUGCUGCUGUUCAAGAAACUGUUGCAUUUUUUACAAAAUUUGUAAUUCCUCGUACAAUAUGCAUAUAUUAUUUUAUAAAAUAAGAAGUUCGAACUUAGAGUUUUCAAUCAAUACGUAUAGAUCGACACAAUAUAUACGCAUAUAUAUAUUGUAUAGAUAUAUAUAUAUAUAUAUAUAUAAGCUCUAUCUCGUCAUCGUGAUAAUCAACAUUAAAAUCCCUCGACAGCUGUAAAACGAUUCUUUGUACACUGCAGAAACUAAAUAAGCAUAUACAGGUGUGUUUCAUAAUACUUUGUAACGAUUUAAUAUAUGCGUAAUGAGAAAUAAACGUAUUCCGACUUUAUUCAAAACAGCCUGCAUAAUCGCAGAAUAUACACAUCUUUAACAACACGUUCUACCGUCAAAACGUCAACAAGUGUGGCUGAUGGGAUAUCAAUAUGGCACUAAAGUGAUUGGGUGGAGUGUGUAAAUGUCGUGCGAAAGAAUUUUCUCGUUUUUGUUUUCUCUGCUAUCAAAUAUGUACCGAUCCCUCGUUCCAUCUUUCGUUCCUUCCUUCUUUCCCUUUCAUUCGUUAUCGGAAUAUUAAUUUACAUAUGUAUUUAAUGAUAAAUCAUCGUUACUCUCUUCCUUUAAUCCCCCCUUUUUAAUUUAUUUGUCCCCCCCUCCCCCUCCCCCCUCCGCUAUUUAUUUCCGUUCUGUACAGGUAAAUGGAGUCUGUGCGAGUGGAGUGAUGGAUGAUGGAACAUGAAUUACAAUGUAGCCUAGCACACACAGCCAAGUAACGUGACACGCAAGCCACACCAUCGUGGCGACGUGUGUCAAAUUCAGUUAUAAUUACUGUAACAAUAAUUCAUAUUAGAAUUGAGGCGGGUCAAUGCAAUUCCUACAGUUUCCCUGAUUACUACACUACGUCUCCACGUGCGAGAGUAUAAUUAUACAUUUUUUAUCCAUUUCUGUAAAUAUUUUUUUUUUUGUCCUUUUAUCGAUCGAUUAUUGAUUAAAACGUUGAACCUGUAAUGACGACUUUUACAAGAGAUUUAAGACACUACCUACACAUCUAUACUUAGUAAUCGUGUACAACUAUCCACGGCGCUCAACAACCAUUCUCUGGCGCCGUGGUUUACCAUGUUUAUUAUCAUUAACUUUUUUUUUUUUUUUCAUUACCUAGAGAAUGAUCGGAUGAAAUAUAUCUCAAACUGUACAAAACAAAGCGUCAUAUGAAAUAAGAUUCUCCUAAAUGUGUGGCGACUGCCGGCUUAAUUACUCUAACGACGUCCUCUCGUUAAACAACUCGUAGGUAACAUAGACUGGCCAACCAAUACUGUUCUUUCUUUUUUUUUUUUUUUUCUUUUUGCCACAUUGCAUGGAGGUAUUUUCGUAUCGUUAUUUCAAGCAACAAUCGUCCAACACGCGAACAAUAAAAUUUAACGCAAUAAUAUGCAACGGUAUAAAGGUGAACCCUAGAAAGGUAUCUGUAAACGUGAAACAAUCCAGAAGAAACGUAUAGGAACGAUCGUUCUUCCCCGUUGGACGUUCAUCUCUAUGGAAUUUUCUGCAUCGAUCGUUAACAGUUACGAUUCAAUGUAUCGAACGAUUUUAAUUUCUUUCCCUAUUACGUUAUACGUCUUCUAAACCGAUGAACACAUGCGAACCGUAGCCCCGUAACAUUUACGAUAUUUAUAAAAUACUAAUAUUGUACAGAGAGAUGUAUAUAAACCGCUAAAGGAAAUACUAAUAGUAAACUGGCUGAUCACUAUAACUUGUAAUAUGUUUACCGCUUCGUUUCUUACCGAUGCUGCAAGGAGAGUGAGUUAGUUCUUUUUUUUUUUUCCUUUCUUAUCAAACGUUCCAAGCGAUAACAUUGGAAAAUGGAUAUUGCGACAUGCGAUCCUCAUAGAAUUGAACAUUUAACAUCGACAUCAUCUUUUUAUCAUGUAGAAUAAAACUGAUCCGUCAUCUCGUUUCUCCUUGCUGAUGAAUCGUUAUUCGCCAUCGAGCUACUUUUCCCUGCACAAAUAAAUUCUAUGAUUUUACACACUACAUACAUCAACGUAUCGUGGCAAUUUUCACGUACUGGCAGCUGAUAAACAUCUAUCUCCCUCUCACCCAAUUAUUUUCCCUUCUUUUCUCUCUUUCAUUCAAUUCAACCACAGCUAUCCUUCUUAUACAUAAUCUGUUCUACUAAGGAAUGUGUUUACUGAGAAAAACCGUAACCUAAUCUAAUUAUCCCGUGCUACCUACAAGUUGUUUGUCAUAGAGAUUUACUUGAAAGAGAUUUACUUACACGUUCUUAUUCUUCCUACAUCUCCUUCCGUUUCUUUUCGUUAAUGUGCAUAUUACAAGUUUGACAUACGUACGGACUCUGUUCCAAUCGGAAAAUGAUAAUUGCUGUUUGAUUUCGAUUACAGGAAAUGACAUAAGGAACCUUUAUAAGGAUUAUUCUCCGAUGUAACCGAUAAUAUUAGAAACAUUGUAAUUUUAGUAAUGGAUUAUUCAAAUGAUCAAGAAGCAUGUUUUCGUUUUUUUUAAACGUGAUAACCAGAAUACAAUCAUCCAUCGUGUUUUGUUGCUUAUAUAUGCUACACAUAAAAAAAGGAAAAAAAAAAAGAAAAAGAAAA